CAUGUUACACUGAUUGUCCCCGGUUCUUUAGGUCUCCGAAGCCGCUCCACUCGCAUGUCCACCCUCUCAGAGGUUCACAUCACCCCUAAGGAGGAUGGUAUGGAGGUGGACCUGCCCGUGCGUGCCAAUUCCCGGAAGCAGUUCUUAGUUCCCACUGGCCCCCCUAGGAACUCCUGCCCUGCAGUGGCUGAAAUACCGUUUACGAUGGUCAGCGAGGAGGUAGAAGAGCAAGUCCAUUCCAUGCGAGGCAGCUCUUCUGCAAACCCAGUGAACUCAGUUCGAAGGAAAUCAUGUAUUGUGAAGGAAAUGGAAAAAAUGAAGAACAAACGAGAAGAGAAGAGGGCCCAGAUCUCUGAAAUGAGAACAAAACGAGCUCAGGAGUAUGACAACAGCUUUCCAAACUGGGAAUUUGCCCGGAUGAUUAAAGAAUUUCGGGCUACGUUGGAUUGUCAUCCCCUUACUAUGACUGAUCCUAUAGAAGAGCACAGGAUAUGCGUUUGUGUUAGGAAGCGCCCGCUGAAUAAACAAGAACUGGCCAAGAAAGAAAUUGAUGUGAUUUCUGUUCCUAGCAAGUGUCUCCUCUUCGUACACGAGCCCAAGUUAAAAGUGGACUUAACAAAGUAUCUGGAGAACCAGGCGUUCUGCUUUGACUUUGCAUUUGAUGAAACAGCUUCGAAUGAAGUCAUCUAUAGGUUCACAGCAAGGCCACUGGUACACACAAUUUUCCAAGGCGGAAAAGCGACUUGUUUUGCAUAUGGCCAGACGGGAAGUGGUAAGACACAUACUAUGGGCGGAGGCCUCUCUGGGAAAGCCCAGAAUGCAUCCAAAGGAAUCUAUGCGAUGGCCUCCCAGGAUGUCUUCCUCAUGAAGAAUCAGCCCCGCUACCGGAACCUGGGCCUGGAAGUCUAUGUGACGUUCUUUGAGAUCUAUAAUGGGAAGCUGUUCGAUUUGCUGAACAAGAAGGCCAAGCUGCGUGUGCUGGAGGAUGGAAAGCAGCAGGUGCAGGUGCUGGGGCUGCAGGAGCACCUGGUUAACUGUGCUGACGAUGUCAUCAAGAUGAUCGACAUAGGCAGUGCCUGCAGGACCUCUGGGCAGACAUUUGCCAACUCCAACUCUUCCCGCUCUCAUGCCUGCUUCCAGAUUCUCCUUAAAGCCAAAGGGAGAGUGCAUGGCAAGUUCUCUUUGGUGGAUCUGGCAGGGAACGAACGAGGUGCAGACACUUCCAGUGCUGACCGGCAGACCCGCAUGGAAGGCGCAGAAAUCAACAAAAGUCUCCUGGCUCUGAAGGAGUGCAUCAGGGCCCUGGGACAGAACAAGGCUCACACCCCUUUCCGCGAGAGCAAGCUGACACAGGUGCUACGGGACUCCUUCAUCGGGGAGAACUCAAGGACCUGUAUGAUUGCCAUGAUCUCACCAGGCAUAAGCUCCUGUGAAUAUACUUUAAAUACACUAAGAUAUGCAGACAGGGUCAAGGAGCUGAGCCCCCACAGCGGGCCCAGUGGGGAGCAGCCAAUUCAAAUGGAAACCGAAGAGACAGAAGCCAACUCUCAGGAGUCUCUGAUCACAAGCAACCUUUCCAAGGAAGAAGAGGAACUGUCUUCCCAGAUGUCCAGCUUUAAUGAAGCCAUGACUCAGAUCAGGGAGCUGGAGGAGAGGGCCAUUGAAGAGCUCAAGGAGAUUGUCCAGGUGGGCAGCUGGCGCUGGCAUAUCCACCCCAGCACAGGCCCGCCGCUGUGCUCAGCACCAUUGCCUGAAUGUGACCUGGGCUUUGCUUCCACAGGUCUUCAGCAAGUGCCAAGCUGGCUUGAGCUCUCCGAGAUGACCGAGCAGCCUGACUACGACCUGGAGACCUUUGUGAACAAGACAGAGUCUGCCCUGGCCCAGCAAGCCAAGCACUUCUCAGCCCUGCAAGAUGACAUCAAGGCCUUACGCUUGGCCAUGCAGAUGGAAGAACAGGCCAGCAAACAAAUAAGCAGCAAGAAACGGCCCCAGUGAUGACUGCAAAUAAAGAUAUUUGGUGUCACACCCAGCCUUUUCACCACCCCUCUUCUCCCCAGUGAACUGUGGGCACCUGGUUCUGAGCUCAGACAGGCUUUGGUAAAUGCCAAGUAUUGGGGCAUCAGAGCCAGGGCAGCUGGGGAGAUCAGAGUGACAUGGGACGCUACUUUCCUUCCUCCAUUGUAGUCCUGAAGGGAGCAAGGAUGAGAAGAGGGAACUUUUAACUAUCCUGUGUGGCCCUUAUUUCCAAGAGGGGAAGGCUCGUUGGCAUAGAGCUUUCUCUUGGUCAGCAUUCUGCCUACGUGGACUGGCUGCUGGCGGCUGUGACCUGCCAUCCUUGGUCUGGGCACUAAAGUGUCUUAUACUUUUAAACCUCUUCGUUCCUUGCUUUGCUGUUUUAAGGUCUAAGAGGAUCCCUGUUGUUUUUUGUUUUGUGGUUACACAUUGUGUCUAACAAUAAAGAAAGAGGAAAAAAA